UCGCGGUUUUGCUGCUGUCUGCCCAUACUGUACUGUACUGGAGAUGCCAAGAUGGCUGCGAGCAAUUAUUAUGGCUUCACACAUGGUGCCGGUCCGCAGUACAGUACCCAGCCUCCCUCGGCUUACUCCCACCCCUCGACAGCCAGUUACAGUGUCCAGCAGGCUCCUGCUGUGGCUCAUGCAGUGACAGCAUCCUACUCCCCUGCUCCGGUCCAGGCAGCGCGACCGGUGGCCUCUGCCCCUUAUCCUGCCUACCAGAGCCACCAGGCACCCCCAGACUAUGGCUACAGGCAGCCAGACCCCCCUGCCCCCCCACAGCCCACCACCACCCCACAGACGUACCAGGUAUACUCAGACACGGACAACUACAGUUAUGGUCGCCCCCCCACGGUGACUAGUUAUGACAACAAGCAGUAUUACCAGACCAGUAUAGCCCCAGCUCAGAGGACACCUACCGAGAAUUAUUACCAGACUGUCGGUGUGAAGAGCGGGUACAGCCCGGCUCCCUCCACGGUCUAUAGCCAGCCUGCUCCUCCCCAGAGGCAGGUAACAGCCUUGAAACCGCUGGCCCCCUCCAGCUCCGUGUCCACCAGCUACAACAUUUACCCAGCAUCCACCAGUGUGCAGCAAGCUCCCACACCCAUUUCCUCCUACACCCCUGGCUCCUCCUUCAGCUCCACCGCCUCAGCCACCUCUUAUUCGGGCAUCAGCUACUCCAGUUACGACUCCAGCGGCUACACCUCCACCUCCACCCCCUCUUACUACCAGCCUGCACAGCAGACUCUUUCCCAGCCCCAGCCUCAGCCACAGCAGCCACAGCAACCCCAGCCCCCAAUCCAGCCUCCCCCCAAGCAGCUGACCAGCUCCUCCUGGAGCAACUCGGGCAGCAACAUGGUGACGGCUCCAGCUGGAAACGCUUACAAAAAGCCCAUGUUUCACCAGAACAAGCUGCAGAAACCAAAAGGUCCUCCCAAACAGCCCCAGCUACAUUACUGUGACAUCUGCAAGAUCAGCUGUGCUGGCCCUCAGACAUACCGGGAGCAUUUAGAGGGCCAGAAACAUAAGAAGAAGGAGGCAGCCCUGAAGUCUGGGGGGCAGACAGGGGCCAGCAAUGGGCCCCGAGGGGUCCAGACCCAGUUACGCUGUGAGUUGUGUGACGUCUCCUGCACGGGGGUCGACGCUUACGCCGCCCAUAUCCGUGGGGCUAAGCACCAGAAGGUGGUGAAACUCCACACCAAGCUGGGCAAACCCAUACCCUCAACGGAGCCGGUGCUGGUGAACUCUGCUCCGGUUUAUACGACCUCAACAGCUGGGAAACACACUGCCUCCACUUCUUCUCCUGCACCAACCUCAACCACUUCAGCAUCUCCUGCUGCUGCGACGACGACUCCCACAGCAGCGCCCAAACAAGUGGUGCUCAACAGCACUGUUAAAACAUCAGUGCCAGUCAAGAAGCCAGUUCCUCCCAAAAUAACUGUCAUUUCCAGUAAACCAGCCAGCGCCCCGGCAGCUGCAGCACCAGCAGCAGCAGCAACAGCAGCGUCGGCGGUGGUGGUGGUGGCAGCAGCGAAGGCAGAGGAGCCCAAGCAACAGACGAUGCAGAAGAUGGAGCCUCAGAGUGAGGAUGAGGAGUGUGACAGGGCCGGGGCCCAGGCAGACGUCCAGCCAGUGGGACACGACUAUGUGGAGGAGGUACGUAAUGAUGACGGCAAGGUGAUUCGCUUCCACUGUAAACUCUGUGAGUGCAGCUUCAAUGAUCCCAACGCUAAAGACAUGCACCUGAAGGGAAGAAGGCACAGAUUGCAGUACAAGAAGAAAGUGAACCCAGAGCUUCCUGUGGAGAUAAAGCCCAGCAACCGAGCGAGGAAGCUGCAGGAGGGCAAGCUGAGGAAGCAGAAGCAGAAGGCGGUGCUGAAGAGACAGAGAGAUGAUGAGCAGCGAUGGCACAUGGAGAUGAGGCGAUAUGAGGAGGACAUGUACUGGAGGAGGAUGGAGGAGGAGCAGAUGUACUGGGGGGAGCAGCGACGCAGGAUGGCCCCUCCUCCGCUGAUGAGCCGCCCAGGAAUGCCUGUACCCCCCCUGCUAACGUGCGUUCGUCGACCGGACUCCCCAGAUGACCGCCACAUCAUGGCCAAGCACUCGACUAUUUACCCGGUGGAGGAGGAGCUGCAGGCCGUCCAGAGGAUUGUCUCUCAUUCAGAGAGAGCCCUCAAAUUGGUGUCAGACUCCCUGCUGGAGAAGGAGACACCCCAUAUUUCUACCUCGACUUCUGACGACGGAGAGGAGAAAGUUGCCGAGAACCCGGGACGGCUGCUCAAAGGGGUGAUGAGGGUGGGCAUCCUGGCCAAAGGUUUGCUGCUUCAUGGAGACAGAAAUGUUGAGCUCAUCCUGCUGACUGCCAAGAAGCCCACCAUCUCUUUACUGAAGAGCAUCGCCAAGCAGCUGCCCAAGGAGCUGGCGACAUUUUCUGAAGAUCAGUAUGAGGUGCAGGCUCACCCUGAGGAGGCGAACAUCCUGAUAUUUUCAAGCAAGGAGCCCAAAAUGCAGGUGACCAUUUCUCUCACCUCGCCGCUGAUGAGGGAGGACCCUGCCGCUGAGAAGGACAAGCAGGCAGGAGGAAAAUCGGCUGAGAAAGGUGUGGCUGAGAAGGAUCCUCCUGACGUCCUGAAUAAGAAAAAAUGCCUAGAAUACCUAGCUGCUCUCCGACACGCAAAAUGGUUCCAGGCUCGGGCCAACGGGCUGCAGUCCUGUGUCAUCAUCAUUAGGGUGCUGAGAGACCUGUGCCAGCGGGUGCCAACAUGGGGCAAGAUGCCUGGCUGGGCGAUGGAGCUGCUGGUAGAGAAGGUCAUCAGCAGUGCAACAGGCCCGCUGAGCCCUGGGGAGGCCAUGCGCAGGGUGCUGGAGUGUAUCUCCACUGGCAUCCUCCUGCCAGAAGGGCCUGGUUUGUUGGACCCCUGUGAGAAAGAGCCAACAGAUGUGUUGGAGAGCAUGACUGAUCAAGCCAGAGAGGACAUUACUGCCAGCGCACAGCAUGCUUUGCGGCUGCUCGCAUUCCGUCAGAUCCACAAGGUCCUGGGCAUGGAGUCUCUACCAGCGUCCAAGGCCAGCGCCCGCAACCGCAAGCGGAGACGGGACGUCAGCGACACGGGCGAAGGGGAGGGCGAGGGCAAAAAAGACAAGAAGGAGGAUGCGGUGGAGGCUUGACCUCCGCCUCCAGAGCAGCAUAUUCGCUAGUGUAGAAACUGGUAGAAUGUCACAACUUUAACAUUUUCUUAUUUUGAAAAUAAUCUUAACACACAGCUAUACACAUAUGAAUAUAACUGACUUUACUUGUUACGUGUCUGCCCUUGAAGCGAGAGGAGAGAUUGUCGGAGGGGGAGGACUGAAGUUUGAGAAUCUGUACUGCAAUUCCUUCUCCCAUAUAAUAUUUUACUGCAGAUGUACUGUACCUAAACGUGUGCUAAGGAAAUUGGCUGGAAGUUUGUGCCGUAAGUUUCCAAGGGAGCUAAGGAUUGCAUCAUUCCAUUUCUAUUAUACUUGCACACUAACUACUGACCACCCCUCCCCACCUCCCGCAUUUCAUUCACAUUAACUGUACCAACCACUGUCACCUAGCCAUUGUUUUCUAUGUGUUAGAGGUACUCUGAUAUUUAAGCCUCCAGUAAAAUUGAAUUAUCAGCACCUUAAGCUUUAUUUGGGCUUUUCUCAAAGAAGAGUUUGAAUCCUCUCGGCUCUCCAGGCCCCUUCAGUUUUGUCAUCUUGACUGCGGGCCGGGAGUCACCGAACUAACGCAGCUGUGUGACUUUGUACACCGAAAAAUGUGUUUUUAUGUCUGGAAUAAAAGGGGGAUUUUACUUUUAUGGAGGCUUUGAGACUGUUUGAGAGAAGAUUCACUAUGUAAAGGAUUUACAUACUGUGAUGUACAUGGUGCCUAAAAUACAGGUAAUGACACAUUAAUAAUCACAAAAAACAAACAAACAAACACAAAAAAAUGGUGUGACGCUGUUGAUUGAAACGGGUGUACCUGACUCCCUGACCCUUAACGCCCUCUCUCCCUCCACCCUUGAAUCCCCUCAAAAGCUGUGCUGACAUUUUCUUCUAAGGCAUUUUAGAAAGUGGAAGGAGAUAGACAAAGGAAUUUUAAGAUCCAGCCAAAGGCUCACAUCACACCUUAAAAACAAUACACUAAAAUAAAUGUUCUCAAUGAGGCCCUGAAGUGUGUCAAAAAUCUACAUCGAUGGCUUUGUGCAGCAUCCAUUUGCACUACAAAGUCUUUGUGGAAAUAACACUGGGGCGAAAGAUGAUGUCUCCAAUGAGAUAGAGCGAGAGAGGGAAAGAGAGAAGUCUUAUGUUGCACAGUCUAGCAUGCUGAGGGAAUGAAGCACUUAAGAAAUGACAAUGUUACUGUAUGCAGCCAUAAUGUUAUCAUUUGAAUAUGCCUAGCAAUGUUUUUUCUUCCAGAGUGUAUGGUGGAGAGAAGUUUUAGUCUGAAAAAAAAAAAAAAAAAAAUGUUAAGACUGAAUAUCUACUGUAACGAUCAAGGGGUUACUAGUCGUUUUGACUUCCUUUCUUCCUUGUGCCUGCAUUGUGUUGUGUAUUAGAGAUUUCACAUCGAGACAGGAUUCAGAAAAAAAGGGGAACAUUUAAGAAUUACCGUCAUUACUGCAAUAUUUUAAUAAUCCUCACGAAGAUGUAGGGUGGAGAAAGAAUUGCACAAGUCUUGGUUUGAAGGUUCAUGUGAGAAUUAAUGUGCAGUUUUUUUUGUUUUUUUUUUUUUUGUUUUUUUUUUUGUUUUGUUUUUUUUGGUUGAUUUUGUUUACUAAGAACAUCAUGUAGACACAUUGUCUUUAUUUCAGAAGGAUGUUGCAAUCAGUUUUGUAUUGUCAAACGAAGUGUGAACGUUGCUGUCCUAUUAUUUGAAUGUCUUUGUAGUGCCGCCUAAAAAAAAAAAAAAUAAGGGGAGAUAUUAAAUACUUUUAAGCCA